UGAAUCUCUUCCCCGACACAAUUUUCCCAAAUCGUCGCGACAACUGCAAAGAUGGGCAGAGUGAUUAGGAACCAAAGAAAGGGCCGUGGCUCGAUCUUUACAGCCAACACAAGAUUGAACAAGGCACCUGCUCAGUUCAGAACUCUCGACUAUGCUGAGAGACACGGUUACGUCCGUGGUGUCGUAAAGGACAUCAUCCACGACCCAGGACGUGGUGCUCCCCUCGCCAAGGUUGUCUUCCGCGAUCCAUACAGAUUCAAGCUCCACACCGAGACCUUCAUCGCCAACGAAGGAAUGUACACCGGACAGUUCAUCUACGCUGGAAAGAACGCCAACCUCACAGUCGGAAACGUUCUCCCUCUCGGAUCUGUUCCAGAAGGUACCGUUAUCUCAAAUGUUGAGGAGAAGGCAGGCGACCGUGGUGCGUUGGGACGUACCUCUGGUAACUAUGUUACCGUCAUCGGACACAACCCUGAUGAGGGAAAGACCCGUGUUAAGCUCCCAUCCGGUGCCAAGAAGGUCAUUAAGAGCAGUGCCCGUGGAAUGAUCGGUAUUGUUGCUGGUGGUGGAAGAACCGACAAACCUCUCUUGAAGGCAUCCCGUGCUAAGCAUAAGUUCGCCGUCAAGCGUAACUCAUGGCCAAAGACUCGUGGUGUUGCCAUGAACCCUGUUGACCAUCCUCACGGAGGUGGUAACCAUCAACAUAUUGGUAAAGCAUCCACAAUCUCAAGAUACGCCGCACAAGGUCAAAAGGCUGGUCUUAUCGCUGCGAGAAGAACUGGUCUGUUACGUGGUACCCAAAAGGUCAAGGAUUGA